AUGUUUGAUACCAUAGCUAAAAAAGUUGCAGAAGCUUCAAAAAUGGAAACUUUAGCCACAUGUUUCAUUAAAAAAUAUCAAAACAUGAAAUGGAACAAAUUUCAUAUUCAUCAGUACCAUACAGUAUCAACUAGUCUCCGUAUUUUCGAAAACCUUCUAAAAAUUCAAACCAUAGAUAUCAGUAAUUUCGUCAACAACAUAUGGAAUAUUUUAGCUCAAAAAAUUCCGAAAAUAAAUACUUUCGCACUAGAAGGUGUACCAAGUUCCGGAAAAAGUUACAUAGCAAGAAGUAACUCUGCAAUGUUCAGAUAUUCAGAAACAAUACAAGGAACAUCAAGUUUCCCUUCCCAAGACAUGUAUGAAACAGAACUUUGCCUUUUCGAAGAACCAAACACGACACUCAAAACUCUUCAAACAUUCAAGUUAACAGAAGGAGCCGACACUGCUGUCGCUGUAAAGUUUAAACCUAGUGUUACAAUAAAAAGAACACCAAUAAUAAUUACCAGUAAUUAUCCUUUCGAUACUUUAGCACCAACUGACGAAAAAGAAGCUUUCAAACAACGUUAUUAA